UCUUCCUCUUAUCCCCCUCUCAUUAGUAGCACUGCCACCAAUCCACUUGUCCCAACUAGAAACCCUGGCAUUGCUUAUGAUUCACCCCUCCCUUACCCACAGGUUCAAUCACCAAGUAUAAAGUCAAUCUCCUAAAUAGUUUUUGGAGCUGUGCUUGUCAUCUUCACUGCUCAGGUGCUGCAUCUGAGCUGCCAUGAUCUCUACUGUUGCUUUUUCAAAAUCCUUCUCCUGAGUUAUCCAUAUCAACUCUUGCAUCCUACAAUCCUUUCUCCACUUAGCAGUUCCAAGAAUGUAAUGUAAAACUCUGUAGUAGACAGGAUUUCUAUAUAGGAGGUUUUUAGACAUUGGAAGGUAAAAGAUGGGGGUGAGAUGGGACCUAAGUUAGCAUUAUAUAAUACAAACUGAUGUUACAGGUCAAUGCAAAUGUGAUCAUCUGAGGAUGCCUUUAUGCUUAAUGUAAGAUUGAUAUUAAUAUACAUACCAGCCUUUUUAAAAUGAAGAUAAAUUAGGGGGUUAGAUUGCUCCCCAUGGUGCUGCCAUGUUUGCUUAAACACCAUGUUUGUGUCUGUGUGUGUGUUUGGAUUUUUGGAUGUUUGCUUGUUUGUUUGUUUUGAGACAGACUUGUUCUGUUACCCAGGCUGGAGUGCAGUAACACAAUCUUGGCCCACUGCAACCUCCACCUCCCAGGUUCAAGCAAUUCUCCUGCCUCAGUCUCCUGAGUCACUGGGAUUACAGGUGCCUGCUACCAUGUCCGGCUAAUUUUUGUCUUUUUUGGUAGAGAUGGGGUUUCACCAUGUUGGCCAAGCUGGUCUCAAACUACUGACCUUGGGUGAUCUGUCCACUUCGGCCUCCCAAAGUACUAGGAUUACAGGUGUGAGCCACAAUGCCUGGCCUACUUAAACACCUUGUAAUAAACAAUUAUACCUCAAUAAAGAAAAGAAAAAAAAACACUUGGACAAAAAUAGAGACCUCUUUUUUUCCUGAUUGGUGUCAGAGAAUAUAAAUCUUGAGUCCCUAAAUCCCUAAUAUUCUGUACUCUGUCUGCCCACCUCUGUACCCCACUCCAGGAUUCCUUUCCCUUCAGGCUUCUUUCCUCCCUAACCAUGCUUAAACCACGCCUGCUUUAUUUCAGUCCUUUUAAAGAGCACGCUCUUUCCCUUGGGCCUCACAGCUUUAACACAGGGACCUUAACCUCUGCUUGAAAUACUUUUCCCCCUACCUUACCUGGCUAACAUGUACUUAAACUUCAAAUUUCAGUGGAAAUAUUUUCUCAGCGUAGGUUAAAUCUGCUCAUUACAGAUAUACCAUGGAAAUACUGCGAGUUCCAUUCCAGACCACCACAAUAAAGCAAAUAUUGCAAUAAAGUAAGUUGGGAAUUCUUUGGUUUCCCAGUACAUAUAAAAGUUACAUUUAUACUAUACAGUAGGUUAUUAAGUGUGCAAUAGCAUAUUUUUCAAAUGUCCAUAACUUAAUUUAAAAAUUCUUUAUUGCUAGAAAAUAAAAAUGAUGAGUCUUCAGUGAAUCAUAAUCUUUUUGCUGGUGAAGGGUCUUACCCCAGUGUUGAUGGCUGUUGACUGAUUUGGGUGGUGGUUGCUGAAGACUGGGAUAGCUGUGGCAAUUUCUUAAAAUACGGCAACAAUGAGGUUUGUCUCUUCCUUUCAAUAAAGAUUUAUUUAUUAUGCAGUGCUGUGUGAUAGCAUUUUAUGCACAGUAGACUUCUUUAAAAAUUUGAGUCAGUCAUCUUAAACCCUGCUGUUGUUUUAUCAACAAAGUUUAUGUAAUAUUCAAAAUCCUUUGUUGUUUUUUCAACAAUAUUCAGCAUCUUCACUAGGAGUGGUUUCCAUUCAAGAAAUUACUUUCUUUACUAAUCCAUAAGAAGCAACUUAUCCAUUCAAGGUUCAUCAGGAGACGGCAGCAAUUCAGUCACAUCUUCAGGCUCCACUUCUCAUUCUAGUUCUCUUGCUGUUUCCAUCACAUCUGCAGUCACUUCCUUCACUAAAGACCUGAACCCUUCAAACUCAACCAUGAGGAUUAGAAUCAACUUCUUUCAAACUUCUCUUAAUGUUGAUAUUUUGACCUCUUCCCAAGAAGCACAAAUGUUUUUAAUGACAUCUAGAAUGGUGAAUCAUUUCCUGAAGGUUUUCAAUUGACUUUGCCCAGAUCCAUUAGAAAAACCACUUUCUAUGGCAGCUAUAGCCUCAUGAAAUGCAUUUCUUCAUAAGACUUGAAAAUCAAAAUUACUUAUUGACCCAUGGCCUGCAGAAUGGAUGCUGUGUUAGCAGGCAUGAAAACUAAUCUCCUUGUACAUCUUCAUCAGAGCUCUUAGGUGACGAAGUGCAUUGUCAACAAGUAAUAUUUUAAAAGAAAUAUAUUUUUCUGAGUGUGGUUCUCAACAAUGGGCUUAAAAUAUUCAGCAAAUCAUACUGUAAACAGAUGUGCUGUCAUCCAGGCUCUGUUGUUUCCAGAGCACAGGCAGAGUAGAUUUAACAUAAUUCUUAAGGAACCUAGGAUUUUGAAAUGGGAAAUGAGCAUUGGUUUCAACUUUAAGUCACCAGCUACAUCAGACCUUCACAAGACAAUCGGCCUGUCCUUUGAAGCUUUGAAACCAGGCACUGAUUUCUCUCUGGCUAUGAAAGUCCUAAAUGGCAUCUUCCACUAGAAGGCUGUUGCAUCUGCAUUAAAAAUCUGCUGUUUAGUUUGGCUACCUUCAUCAGUGAUCUUUGUUAGAUCUUCCGGAUAACUUGCAGCUUCUACAUCAGCACCUGCUGCUUCACCUUGCCCUUUUUUGUUACAGAGAUGGCUUCUUUCCUUAAACUUCAUGAACCAACCACUGAUAGUUUCAAACUUUUCUUCAACUUCCUCACCUUUCUCAGCCUUCACAGAACUGAAGAGAGUUAGGGUCUUGUUCUGGAUUAGGCUUUGGUUUAAGGGAAUGUUGUGGCUGGUUUGAUCUUCUAUCCAGACCAUUCAAACUUUCUCCAUAUCAGCACUAAAGCUGUUUGGAUUUUUCUUAUUAUUCAUGUGUUCACUGGAGGAGUACUUUUAAUUUCCUUCAAGAAUUUUUUCUUUUUAUUCACAACUUGGCUGUUCGACACAAGAGGCUUAGCUUUCAGCCUAUCUUGGCUUUCAACAUGCCUUCCUUAUAGGCUUAUUCAUUUCUAGCUUUUAAAGUGAGAGACAUACAACUCUUUUACUUGGACACUUAGAGGCCACUGUAUGGAUAUUAAUUGGCCUAAUUUCAAUAUUGUUGUGUCUCAAGGAAUAGGGAGACUCCGGGAGAGGGAGAGAGAUGAGAGCGGCCAGUGAGUAGAGCAGCCAGACACACGCAGUAUGUAUUGAUCAACUUGUUAAUGGUGGAAGAGAUCUGAGUUACUGCAAGUUACUGGCAGCCUAUCCUUAUGGGUCCAUGGCAACUUCAGUCCUGGCCUCCUCAGAAGAUAGAAUUUGACUGAGGGGCAUAAAGCAGAAAAAGAGACCAAGGUAAGUUCCAGAGCAGGAAUUGAAAGUUUAUUUUUUAAAAAAAACCUUAGGACAGGAAAGGAAGGUGCGCAUAGAAGAGACCCAAGUAGGCAUGUGAAGUUUAAAGAGAGAAGGUCAAGUGCCCCAUUUAACCAUGAUCCUAGGACUUUUAUAAGCUUGCCUCUUUCCCAUGAUUAUUCUGUUAGGGUGGGCUUUCACAUGCUCAGAGCCUUCCUUACCCUUGAGAAGUGAGCACACAGUGUGUUUAUGGGGUUAUACACAUGCCCAUCUGAAGCUUUCUUCCUUUUUCCAGUGGAGUGUACCAGAAAGGUCAUACUUUAUCAUUGUUUUCUCUUAACACACAUGCCCAGGUAGUUGCUUCUCUCUAGGGCCUGUAUUCAAUUAACAUUUUGAUGCUACCAGGUGUGGACCAUCAGGAAAUGGCCUCUCCCUGGCACUGCCAAAUUAUCAUUUUUAGAGAGGCAAUGUGAUAAUUGCCAAACCAUCACCCAACAUUUUUAGUGGGUGGGUUGAGAGGGGAGAGCCUUCUCCUGCCCUGCUCAUGCCUAACUACCUGUGACAGAUUCAGUUUGCCAUUUUAUAUCAUAUGGGCAUGAUCUGUGGUGCCCCAAAACAAUUACAAUAGUAACAUCAAAGAUCAGUGAUCAUACAGAUCACCCUAACAGAUACAAAAAUAAUGAAGAAGUUUGAAAUACUGUGGGAAUUACCGAAAUGUGUCAAAGAGACACAAAGUGAGCACAUGAUGUUGGGAAAAAAUGGCACCCAUACACUUGCUCCAUCAAGGUUGCUUCAGACAUUCCAUUUGUAGCAAACUCAGUAUCUGCAAAGCACAAUAAAAUGCAUAAUAAAACAAGGUAUGCCUGUCUGUGCCCUCACAAACCUCUGCAUUUUAUCUUAGAAACAAACUGUAAUAAAUGAUUGUAAUAAAUUAUUAAAAAUAAGUACCACUCCACUAAAAUGCGCUCUGUGGUUAGUUCCCGGCUGGAAUGUGUAAAAGGCCGAUCCUCAGCAGCCUUUAUUAUUAAUACAACCAGGCAGGGCCGCUUUUGCGUGGAGCACCGGAAGUAAAAAUCAAAGAGGAGCUGGCCGAAUUCCGGACAAGGAACCAGCCCUCCCCUCCCUACACCUCGUAGUGCUUCGCCCUUCGCACGGAGAGCAGCGAGGGCAGCCCCCGGAGUGGAGGGCGGGACUUCCGGUCUUCCUUGUUGCGGAGCUGUGACGCGGCUCCCGGAGAGAGCGGGGAGUUUUGAAUCGCUCCUGUUUUGUUUUCGUUUUGUCUUUUAGUGGUUACAGUUGACUCUUUAGUGGUUACAGUUGAUUUUGUCUCCGUUUUCCUGCUGCCUGGAGGGCGUCUUGGUCAAAACACUCUCCCUGCGACCUUAUUCCUCUAGGGUUGUGAUUUUUUUUUCCUUCAUCAAGAAAUAUCACUUACUGGUAACUUGUCAAACUCAAGAAAUCCCUGGAGAAGCAGUCGUGGGCAGGCCCCGACGUUGCUGCUUCCGGAGCAUUUUGGCAAAUAAAAGCCAGGGACCGUUGCUGGCAUCAUUUACACAACUUUUCGGCUCCGAACUGCUGUGAGUGCAAGACGUUGGUGGUUGUUUUGGUAAGGCUCUUUCUGUAACUAGAGACUAUAGCAUUUUGAAAAAAAUGAGGUUCUCAUUCAUGUCAAGAACAGACUUGUGGCUUUGAGUGUUAAACAUACCCUGACGUAAUGUGCUAAGUGGUGAGAACGCAAGAGGGAAUGAGACAGUAGAGAUGAGAAUGGCGGUAUGGGUCGGAGCGGGGUUACGUUUUCCUAUGGUGUGCCAAGAACCUUAGACAUUACACUGUUUCUUUGUGUAUGCCUGAUUAUUUAAACGUAGAAAACUUCCUCAAUAAAGCUAUUAAAAAAAAGACUUGGCCAGAGAUAAACUUUUUCCCCUCAAAUUGGAAUCAGGAAAUGUUUUCCACCUGUGUAUCAGCACCCGUUUUUUUCCCCUGAAAAUAACAAAUAGAAAUACCAAGUAGACGUAUCUGAUAUAUACCUGUGUGUGUAUAUAUAUCUGUAAUAUAUAUUGCCAUUUGAUAAGUACAUAAACAAGUGAUGUAAAGCAGUUGGUAUAGUCUGAUUUGUGAAAAGUUACCUAUGACAUCAAUACUAGAGAUGGAUUGGAGAGAGAAGAAAUUCCAGACAGUUGCAGGCGUGGAGGGGAGAGUCCAUGGCCUGAAAUAGAAAAGGAGGUAAAGAGAGCCAGGUUCCAAAGAGAGACUUAGAAAAUCAGCAGGACUUGUUACAGGGGCAUGGAGGAAACACAGUGGAAAGUCAAAUUUUAGAAUAUUGGCUACUAACAACCAGACGCCAUGAAUUCAAAUUGCAAAUUCAGGAGAAGCAAUAUACUUCUUAAAAAUUUUACUUAUUUUUCAUCAUUCAAAUAUUAAUUGUGCCCUUACUAUUUGCCUAAUAAUAUUUUGGAUGCCAGAGAUACUGUUGAAGACAAAGUCCCUGCUUUGGUUGAGUUUAUAUCCUAGUGGGAGAAAACAAAAAGCAAGUAAUAAUUAAUUUUGAUGAUAGAUUCUAUGAAGAAAAAAAUUGAAGAGAGAUGACAAAUGAUCGGGAGAUGUUUGGGAGCAUCUUUAACUUAGUUGGUUGUUAGGCCCUUGCAGGGAUUACAUUUGUGCUGAGACCUGGAUGAUAGUAAAGAACCAGACUUGUGAUGAGCCAAGGAAAAGACAAGACAGGCUGAAAGAACAGUGCAAAGAUUCUAAGAUGGAAAAGAGCUUAUUUAAAGAACAUUAAAAAUGCCAGUGUAUCUAAAGUGCCCUGAAGAAGUAGGAGAGAGUUGAGAGAUGACAUUUGGAGAGGUAGAUAGGACCAGACUGUGUGGCCUUUGUAGGCAGUAGUUCAGGAGUUUGGAUUUUAUUCUAAGUGGAAAUGGAAGGUAUUGGUGGGGUUUAAGCCAUGAAGUGAUAGAUGUGAUUUUUAUUUAAAAAAAUCCAUCUGGCUACUACUGUAUGCAGACUGGAUUUGAGGGAAGAGAUGAGAGUGAAAGUGAGAUUAGGGGAUAUUACAGAAGUCUGCUAUUGGUAGGAGUGAUUAAGUUCCAUUUUAGUUGAGUUUGGUUUAUUUAUGGGACAGGGACAUAGAGCAGUCUAGCAGGCAGCCACCUGAAAGCUCUGUAAGAGGUCAGGUAGAUUUAGAAAUUCUCUAGAGAAAAUAAUUAAAAGUCGUGUGAAUCUUCUCAGGAGAGACCAUGUGGUUAAGUAUUUACUUAUAUCCUGACAUAUCCACAGAAGAUUCCAGAUGCUAUCACCUACAGCCAAUUACGUAAAUUGAAAGGGGAUAAGGUUAAAAAAGACAAGGUAGGGCAUAUAAGUGAUGUGAGUGUUUAUGUUAUGAAGGGAUGAAACGGGAACUAAAAUCGGGUCUUGAAGAAUCCUUGAUUUAAGGGAAUGGUGAAGAAGAAUGAUUAAAGAAAGGUAGAAGUGAAGAAGAAAACUGGCAGCUCAAUGUGGGAGGGGGUGGGGGAAGUAGGGGAAAAGAGAGUUUGGUGCAAGGGAAUGUCGACAAUGCUGUUACACAUUGAUGAGGUUUAGCAGGAUGAAAACUAAAGUCAUUGGGUGUAAGAAGAGAUUGGUGACCAUUGUAAAACAGUGUUGGUAGAGGUGAAAGCUUGAUUGCAGUGGACUGAAGACUGAUAGGAGAGAAGGUUGGUAGUGAGUGAAUACUACACUUGAGCUGUUUAAUGGUAAGAAGUAGGGAUAAAGUAGUGGAAGUGUUAUCUAUAGAAAGUUAUUUUUUUCUGGCAGGUAAAAUUCAAUUAUCUGAGUAAUAGAAGGGGAUAAUGUAGAAAGGGAUGCGGUUAGUGUUAGAAAGUAUUAAAAACAUUUCUUAAGAUUGACUGAGUGCCUGCAAGGCAGCAUCCACAUUGCUAGUCCCUGUCAUAUUUGUUUUCUCAUUUCAUCCACACAACAAUCCUGUUACUACUCCUAUUUUACAAAUGAGGACAACCUGAGGCUUAUAGCUAGCUAGUGAGUGGUAAGGUGUGAAUGAAACCCAACUCUUUAAUUCCCCUUCUGUCACCACUAUAUUGAGAGCUCAGGUGAAGAAAGAGUAUUUUAGAGGUAGAGAAGUGGAAAUUGAAUGCAGUGAAAUGAGGAUGAAUCCAAGACAAUAGGAGAUUAAGUUGCACAGUAGUAAUAAAGAGCUACUUCCUUAAUGCCAGUGUGGGGACAGGAUUUGCAGGUAUUUGGAUUUCUUUUUCAGGGUUCUUUUUCCAUAGGCCUAAUAGUUACCUUUGCCUGCCUUUUGAAUUUGUAUUGCAAACAAUUUGCUGCAUUCUUACUGCAAAGGUGUAAUUUGCUUAUUAUUUGAAAUUUGAAAUGAGAGAAUGAGCAUAUAAUUUAUAGAAAUUAAAUUUCUUCUUGGUUAUGUUCCUGCAUUGGAGUAAACUUCUAGAAAUUAUAAACUUCUAAAUAAUGAGCCUAUAAUUUACAGAAAUUAAAUGUCAGUAGAAAUGAAGCUAUUAAAAUUCUAAAGACAGUUAUAACGUUGGGGGCUGUUUUCUCUUCUUGGUUAUGUUCCUCCAUUGGAGUAAACUUCUAGGGGUUAAUUAAGGCAUUUUGUUAAGAAUGUUCAUUUCAGAUCUUUUAAGUAUAGCUAGUAAGAUCACUUUUCUUCCAACAAAAGUAAAUGCAAUGGCAAUGUCCUCUUCUUAGAAAAUGUACCCAUUUAUUUUGAUACAACUUUUGUACAUUAAGAUAACUAUUUGUGCUAUUGUGUUUCCUAUUUCAUUCAGUCUUUGACUUAGAAAAACAUCUUAGCCUGUCAUAGUAAUGGCAGCUGAACUACGAAUGGUACUUUAUGAAGAUGAUUCAGUACAAGUACAAUAUGUUGAUGGUUCCAAAUUGCAACUUUCUCCCUGCGGCUCUGAAUUUUUAUUUGAAAAGUCACCUCCUGUUUCAGCACAUCCUUUAGAACAACCAGAAAGAAUUCGUCAAAGGACACAUUUUGUCGUUAGCACUUACAGAGACAAACUACGGCGAGCCCUAGAUUUUCGAAAUUCUUCAGCUACUUGCCCUUUUUUAUCUGAAACCAUCAUACCUUCUGAAAGAAAAAAGCAUAUCUUUAUUGACAUCACAGAAGUGAGAUGGCCCAGUCUUGAUACAGAUGGUAGCAUGAUAUGUAUGGAGAGUGGCAUCGUGAAGAUAACAUCUUUAGAUGGUCAUGCUUACCUCUACCUGCCCAGAUCUCAGCAUGAAUUUACAGUAUAUUUUUUGUGUAAAGUUAGCCAGAAGCCAGACUCAUCUGCAGUGUUGUCAGAAACAAAUAAUAAAGUCCCAAAAGAUAAACUAGUUGAAAAAGCUGGCAAAAUCUGUACACAUGGAAAUUUAUCAGGACAGAGAAUGAAGAGUAAAGAAAAUGAGCUUCAUUGCCAGAGCAUGAAAUCCAAAGAAACUUUAAAGAAGAUGAGUUGUGUACAUGAAACUGGAGGGAAGGAAAAGCUGCCUUCACCUGGUACAAAGCACACAUGUGUAUACACAUGGGUAAAGCAGUGCUGGUCUGUGGCUGCCUGUCCACAGGAAUGGAAAUAUCCUUUGUCUUUAGCACUUCAUUUUCAUAAUAAAAUCAGCAAUAUGUCUAAAAUUGAUGCACACAUUACUCAGAGUAGUUUUUUAGCUUAUGAUAUUUCAGAGGAAAGAGAAAAAGUCAUUUCUGUUCUUCCUAGGGCUCUGUCACUCAGCUGUCCAGUCCCACACCUGCACAGGUGGAAUUUUUGUGAUUCACUUUUACAGAAACAAUCUGAUGAAUAUUCCUAUCCUGAACUAGUGAAAAUGGUUUGGUACAAAGGUGUUACAUAUAGACUUACCCAUCAAAAUAUGAACUCAAUAGAGAUUUAUCCUGGAGAUGGAUCUGUUUUCAGAUCAGAAGGGGCUUAUUUUGGGAAUUACUUUACAUAUUAUUCCAUUCAAGAAGGAUCAGAUGAGAAAGAAGAGAAAACUUACUCAGUAAAUAACCUUCCUCCAGACAGACCAGGAAGUCUGUUCUCUGUCUGUUCUCUAAUUAAACAGGCAACAAGAAUUCUUCAACAUUGUGUGAUGAUGAGACUUUCUUUAAGCCAUAACUAUCGUAUAUGCUGCUGGAAAAUGGUACCUGGGAUAAAUGAUAGCAAUAUACUGCCUUUGCUUUUGAAAGAGACACUUAUACCUGGCAUGGGAAGAUUUCUUGCCUACUCUGAUGACAAAGUACAUGCUAUCUUUUUAGAUGGCAUUACUCUAACCCUAAAUUGGAAUUUCAGCUCUUCUAUUGAGAAGGAGCAGGCAAAUCAAGGUCUUAACUUAAGUUGGUGUAAGUUAACUUUUCCUGAUGGCCAAGAUCAGUUAAUUCAACUUGAACACCCUGGACCAUAUGAAAGGUAUGUGACAACAGUAACAUCAUGGUGCAGGAGACUGACCCAGACUAGUCCCAGAGAGAUGCUCACUCAUUCGUCAUCUGCUGUUCUCCAAGAAAAUUGGUCUGUUGCUUCUGAACUUGAAAAGAUACAGAAGUUUAACUUGAUACUAGAGAAUAGUGGUAUCCUAAACAAGAUUUCUAACAAGAAAAAUGAACAGUCUUCUGAUGAUUAUAAACCAGGAUCUUCAGAAACCUUGCUAGAUGAAGUUAAUGAAAACACAGUAUUAAUAGCAUUGAAAAAAACCUCUGAAAUCCUUCAGGAUAUUGACUGUCUUCUAUCAAACUCUAAAAAAGUGAAAAAUUAAAUUAUUACAAUAUAUUAUUAAAAUUUAGGGAUGUUGUUUCAAGUGAGACUGGUAUAAAAUUACUAGUGAGCCAAGAUAUUGUACGUAUUAACCCUGCACAAUGAUUGUAUAAGAAUUGACAUUUAACUUUGGAGGUAUUUUUAUUUAACUUGUACAUUUAAAAAAUAUGUAUUUAUAUUUUAUUAAUAAAGAACUAUUUUGAAGUUUUGAA